GCCGUGUUACAUGACCUAACCAGAGAGUGUUUGGUAAUAAAACUUCCAGAUUCAAUGACCUGAGGAUCGGUUGCUGUAAGAUGCUCAUUCGCUCGAGAUGUCUUCAGCAGCAGGACGAGUUCUCUCCGGUGUGACACGCGUGUUUUUCAGCCACAGUUCCGGUGUGAGAUUGAACAGUGUGCGGUCAGUAGCUCUGAGCUCCCCAAGGCCAGCCAAAUCCCAGACGCCCACAGAUGAAGACGAGGAGGUGAAGAAUGAGCCCAUCAAGUUCUCUACCAGUAAAGCCAGUCACAGGACCUGGAAGGUUGACCGGGGCAUGGGCAGUCAGUAUGAGCGGCCCGUGUGGAAAGUCCUUCCCGUCAGCCUGGUUUUAACCGGCUUCCUCCUGUGGUGUGUUCUGAGGUCGGAGACGGACAUUGAUGUACAGCUGGAGAAGCAGCUGUUUGAGCACCUACCUGGUUUGCUUUCAGAUGUGGAGGAGGAGCAGGAGGAAGAGCAAGUCAAUAAAUCAAGUUAACAAAUGUUGAACCUAAGGUGUAUAUAUAUUUUUGGUCCUAUUUAAUGAGAAAUGUGGUUCUGUAAAGGAGGCACCAAAUCAUUGUUGUGAGAAGGCCUGAGGUGCAGUCCUGAAGCCGUCCAGUGCACCAGUGAAAAUGAAUUGUGGAUAUGACCAUAUACUGCUUUGUCAAAUUUGUUUGAGUGAUCAGUGUGGAUU